UCCAUCGAAGAGGAGUCAUCCUCCCUCAGUUCCCAAUCUCCAUCCUUGGCUCCCGGAUCGAGUUCCAGUUCGGCCACAUCGUGCUUCCAUUGGCCUCAAUUCUGUUGACCUCCGGGAGUUGUCCUUUAUGUUCGAGCGGUGGUUUUAACACCGGGAAUGGUGACCAAGGAAGGACGAGUCAAAUGCCCGAGGAGCCAGAAGACAACAUGGAUGCCAAUCAAGAAGCCCUGGUAAUCAACAAAGGAGAAUUGCUUCUUCAGCACCAACAACAGCAGCACCAGCAGCACACCCAUCAUGUUCCGCCUUUGGUCCAUCAAGUUAAUCCAAGUGCGAGCACUAUUGCUGGCCAUAGCCUUUCUUCCACAACCUCGCCAUCCUCCUCGUACUUGACCCAACGUAAGCCCAAGCGCUCCAUAGGGGUUGUGGAACCCCGGGUGGUGGUGAAGCUUCGGGUUCCCAAUAAAGAUGAGCAAGACAAAGACCUCAAGAAAGCGGGGCAUUCGGUUGGCCCCAGAACAACAACAACAACGAUGACCACGAUGACCGCAAAGAAGUCGGCGGCCAAGAACAAGUCCAUUGUGUCGGGACAGAGGCCAAAUCACUCGUCAAUGAGUGAUGGAAGCGUGGACGUGGAACACGAGCACCAUUCAUCGGGUUUGACCUCUGGCAAAUCGAGGAAACGGGAAAGACGACCUCUCGAGGACGAUAUACAUCGAAAACGGGGUCAUAAUGAGGAAGGGGAGGAUGACGACGACAACAAUGAUGCUACACAAGAACAGAAGGCUUCCAUCGCGUCAUCAAGACUCGAACUCGAAUUGGGGCCUAAUCAAAUCAGAAAAGCCAAAAAGCCGAGGAUUGCCCCCUCGACCCAUUUAGAGGAUAACCACCAUCAAUUGGUGUUGAAUCGAUUGAGCAUAACCAAAACAUUACCCGAGCACUUCAAGAGAGCCCUUGAGCGUCGGCGAGAAAGUUCCAUACUUGAACCCAAUGAGAAGCCAUCUCUCUCCAAGACUCCCAACGCUACACGUAAUUGUCAGGUUCGCCUGCAAAAACUAGAUGUGUGUCAAUACGAUGACGAAAAUGAGUCUGAUCGUCAUCUUCAGCAUCAAACACCACCACCACCACCACAACAACAACGCCCCUCAUCGAGGUCUUCGAACCAAACUAGCUCGGGUGAUGAGGACUCGGAUGAUUCCGAGAAAAGCGCCUUUAUCCAACACAGUCAGAGUCUUCCCACAUUUAGCGACUUGGCAGCCGCUUUCCAGGAGUGUAAUCAAAAAGAAUCCAGAAGAAAAAGGGUCUCCAACGGAACGACCGGCAAUAUAUCGGCAUUAACAAUUGCAAAGAGGAGUGAAAAAGAGGGGCGGGAAUCUGAGUGUGGCCACGAUGGAACGGCUCCAAUGUCUUCUUGUGUAGCGGAGAGACCAGCCUCCAGCAGCCUCCAGCAGAGUGGUCCUCCGGUCCGGAGAGGAAGAAGUAAAUCAUCGGAAAGAGAUAGGAGUGCAAUAACCAUUUCUGGAAGUGACACAGGGAAAAAGUCCACCGAGACCCGACGAGUUUGGGAGGACAAGGAGAAUGCUCGAAACAAUCCGAAUUACUAUGCCACCCACUUGCCAUCUCAGAAGGUCGACGAGGCCAACAACAUCGAGACAUCGCCAGAUAAACCCACGAAAGCCAUUAAGAUACCCCCAACCUUCUGCCAACUCUCCUUAGAGAACGUGGUCUUCACUAAAAGGGCACCGAAAGUUAGCUCCUCUCAAAGAGUCGAGGCCAGCCACGUGAGCUUAACGAAUGUCGCAGAUUCUUCCUGCUCAACGGACACGAAUGUGAGUAGUCCAAGAAAAACAUGGCCAGCACUUCCCGGUAGAAAAAAGAGAACACAAGGGAGCUCAUUAAGCACAAAAAGGAAUGAGAGGGGAGCACAACGAGGACCCACUGAACAAGACAAACAAGAAAAAGUUCAUGUUGAGGAAAAAAUGCCAGAACAGCACGUUCACGUACCAGAGGCCCAAGAUAUGAGUUCAGGCCAUUUUCCCGCAACUGUCGCUACUCCCUGCGAGAGCGGAACUACGAAGUAUGUUCCCAACUCCACCACCAUUGGGAAACAUGUCAGUCUUAACCAAGACUAUGAGACGUUAUUCAGCCCAAUUGAGUCGUUGCAAGGCCAUCACGAGGACUUGACUUCGUCCGCGAUGAGUCUGAACGAUAGUGGGAAGUCCAGCGAAGGUUCCUCCAACCUCUUGGACAUGCCCCUUCUGGAUGAGCUUGGACAAUCGCACAUGAGUGAUUGGCAUGACUUUGUCUCCAACCCACAACGUCAGAAUGGUUCACCUUCAUCCUCACCAGACAACCACCAAACAGAGGGAACUCAGUCCCGAAAUGAUGGCUAUUUAAAAGCAGUGUCUCCCCAUAAGAUUCUUUCCGACACGCGAGGCUCUUCGGCCCCUUCUCAAAUGAUCACCCCCACGCCAGAUGGGGCGGAUAAAGUCAAUGUUUUUAGUAGCCAAGCUCUGCUGAAAAGACGACGGGAAGCAAGGACAGUGUCCAAAUCAGAUAUGGCCACGCAAGCCGUAGAGGAGGAUAUUUCCAGUCCCACGGACCAAGACGCCACGGCAGACACAAUCAAAAACGCAUCUCGGCCAACUGUCACUCCGACAAUUGCUAAAGAAACCAGAGCUCCUAAGAAGAAGACCAGACCUCAAUUCACCUUUGCCAAGGAACCUCAAAGUCAAUGGAUGUACUGUGAUAUCGAAUCCUGCAAUUUCUGGACCCGGAAACCCGAGCGCAUGAAGCGACACAAACUGUGCCACACCUCUGGACAUCACAAGAACUUCGAGUGUCCAGAUUGCGGCCUCAGAUUCUACUCCCUACCCAAGAUGUUGAAACAUGAUCGGAAGAAGCACACCGGCAUCAAAGACUACGAAUGUCGAUUGUGUGGCGCCGAAGUCUCUGAUAUUGGAGUGCACAUGAGGGUCCAUUAUGAGCCCAACUCCCAUCCGUGUAAGAUUUGCGCCCUCAAGUUCAAGCAUCGGAACUCUCUCGUCCGCCACAUGUGCCAACAUACUGGCGAACAGUUUCGUUGUGGGCGUUGCGAGGCCGUCUAUGUAAGCCUCGAGGAGCUGAACCAACAUAUCAGGCGGGAACACCCUCAUUCUGAUGAAGCUCAGGAGAACCAGAUCAUAGCCGCAGCAAUGAGUGAGAGUGAAGAUUCGGACGAUCCUCCUACUCCAAUGGAGCAACACAGAACCAAGUCCCCCCCUGUAGUAAUGGAAAUCUCGGUUCCCAAAGCCCCUCUGCCAAAGAUCCCAAUCAGCCGCAUGCCCAACACUCGUCGAAACUCGCCAAAAGUGACCAUGUCCAGAAAAGCUACCCAGAUGAGAACCACCAAUGCCUUGAAUGGCUUCCAGACCUCCAUCGUAGCCCAGAGCCCUCAGAUCUCAGCCAUGUCCAAUUCAGGAGCUGGACAGUACGCUCUCGCGUUCCCGGGGACCACAGCCACACCAAUUUUGGUGGAUUGCAACGGUUUUGUGCUCCAAAACCUCACUUGGGACGGCCAAAACCAGUUCCAAACGGCUCCAUCCCAUCAACAGACUCAUCACCAACCACAACACCAACAACAACAGCCACCUGUUCAAUACUUCCAGAGCAUCAAUGGCGCCGUUUCUCAGGGCGGGUUGCAGUUUGCUUCUCAACCUCAGUCGUAUUUCUCCUUUGGUAAUCAAAUUUACAGCACUUCAGUCCCAUUUCCACAAGACAGCUUGAGUAAUGGCCCUCAAGGAAUCCUCGAGAUUCCCCACGAGGGGUUUACCAUCCCCGUUCAAGAUAAUCAGAUCAAAUUUGAGAUCAUUGAUACUCCUACUUUGGAGUCAACGAUGACAAGGCCCGCGCUCAAGGAGAACCCUGUCGACAUUGCCAUGAAAGAGAUCAUGGAUAUUCAUGUGGUGAGCAUUGAGGACAACGAGAUCCAAGAGAUUGCCAAAGAGCCACUACCAUCUGUGCACACAUUGAGCACUCAUGAAAACAUCGUCGACGACGACAACGACGACGACGACGAUGAUGAUGAGGUCAUGAUUCUUGAAAUGCCGUCCUCACACACGGCUCGUCAAGAACCAAUAACAAGAUCCAUCAAAUCUGAGCCCAUUACUUUCCCCGAGAAAGACGACCAAGACAAAGAGGUGAUGAGCUCUAAAACUAGGGGAAGUGAGCAUCCAGCCUCCCAAAUGAAUUCCUUCCAAGAGAACGCGAGAAAAGAACCAAUAAAGGAGAAAUCGGGCUUGGAGCCACCCAAAUUGACCAUCGAAGGCAAUUCCGUCCAACAUCAGUUGGAAAGUUUCUCUUCCAAAUUGAAAGAGCUCCGAAACGGCUUCGGUGCAUCAUCGCCCUACCCCUCAUCAUCAUCAUCAUCCUCGCCAUCCUCAUUCGCGGCGCCCUCGUACUCUUUCUCAAGUGGAAGAAGGGUCGAGGAAGAGAAAGGCCACGGCUCAGCUCAAUCAAAAUCUUCAUUGGCGACCCGCGAGAACAAAGACCUCGUCGAUCCGUCGCCCCCCAAGAAGCAAGAGUAUAAAUGUGAGAAGUGUAGCCGAAUCUACAAGUACCUCGAGUUCCUGAAGGUCCAUCAGAAGCGGUGCUCGGCUUAGGGUCAUUAUGAUAGCAUCCAUCCAUGUAUCUAUCUAUGGAUCUAUCUGUCCAUUGGGUUCAUACUAGUAUGUAUGGCAGUGGUAUUCCCGCUCAAGAGUGUGGAAAGGUGGACCGAGUGGCCAGAAGGAGCAUUGUCAUCAGGCCAGAAACCCCAAUGCAACCUCUCUCUCUCUCUCUCUCUCUUGCCUCGUUUCCCCGUGUCUUCGUCGUCGUCUCGUUCUUUCCCAAGUUUCUUCUCUAGAUUCCCUUGAGUGGAAGGGAUCCCCACUGGAACAAAUCCCCAAAACUGCUUCCUUCCAUCAUCGCUCUAUCCCAAACAUCUUCUCUUCGAAGGAGAAAAGUUGCUACAAUGUGUAGUCGAGUCCCAAAAAUGGGAACGAAGCAGACUUUCUCAAUACCGGGGGGAAUACAAGAAGAUAGACGAAAAGAGGAGGCAAAAGCCAAAGUGAAUUGAAGAGUGGGGAGUUCCCUUCUUCGCCUGGCCUUCUUCAUCGUCGUCCUCCUUCUCCUCGCUCUUCUACUUUGCUUUUUCGAACACAGAAAAGAAAGAAAGAAAGAAAGAAAGAACGAACGAACGAAAGAAAGACAGACACCAAAGUAAGGGACGAACAAGUCGAAAGAAGGAGCGAACGAAGGAACGAACCAACCGAGAGGAGUUGAGUGCCUAAAAAGGGACGGGUAUUCCCUCCGGACUUACUUGUUCAGACGUUUCAGUGGCUUGUUGUACCAUCCAUAGAACGAUCCACCCCUCCCGUCCCUCUUCUUGUGGCCACACUUACAUACACUCUUCUUCUACAGUUGUAGACCUCUCUCUUGGGCUCUCUUUCUCGUUCUCCCUCACUCACUCACACAUACACACACACAGACAAGCUCACACACGCUCACACACGCUCACACACGCUCACACAAGCACGAACUUCCAAGCUUCCAAGCAGGUCUUCUUGGACCAAGAAUUUGGUGGGACCGCUCAGGAAUGGCAGAGAGAAGACCAAAAAGAAGAAGAUGAUGAAGGAGAUGGAGAUGGUUGAGGGGAAGGAAAAGUCGUGCUCAACAUCUUUGGCUACGUUUUCUUCGCCUUGUUGAUGAUGACAGGAAUGAGAACUAAAUAGAACGCGCAACUCGUCCCCUCUUUCUGGCUGCAGAUCCGAUCCAGCCUUCUGGGUAGGAUCAUUUGGAACAAGUCGAAAAUGCCCUGGUUUUUACCUCGAUCCUUCGGUGGAAGCAAUUUUAUUCAUACAACCACAGACGGCAAUGUUCCACGGGUUAAGAAGAUAUAUCUGUGAUAUAACGUAAAACACUAAAUGCCAAAUUGUACCAUGUAAUUCAAAGACUCGUGUUCCCUUCUCCCGAAAAAAUGAGGGGAUUCAGUCACCAUCAUCAUCCACUUAUCACUUUGAUGUUGUUUACGAUCUCGCUUUCACCCAAUAUAUCUAUGAACAAUAUACCCAACCAUCUCUCUCUUACUACAUAUGUAGUGCAUACAGUACGUGUUAUUGACGGCCCAUUUUGUCUUUUCCCCAUGGAAUCAGGUAGCGGGUCCACAGUUAACAAAGCCUGAAACCUUCUUAGAUUAGAUUUGUCUCGGUUCCUCUCGAGGUUUCCCCUUACUCGGCUCUUGAUCUAAUUUGCCUCAGUUUACCAAAAAUCUCACACACUAGUCGGCUGUUGG